GGCCUACGUGCCAAACGAGGAGGGCAUGCCAUGUUAUCGUCCUGCAGCUGCCUUAAUUGUGUUUCUAAUGUGUCGUAAACAUGUAUUUUAAGACGGCGGGUGCGACGUUAACCCGCACCUUAUGGACGAGGGGAAACCGCACGUUUCCUGCUGUGAGAGCUUCUCAAGCGAGCAGACUUUCUGGCACAUGCGGACCGCCUGGAAGAGGAAAACACGGCGGCGAACAAGCUGCAGAACAAACCUGCGGUUCGGACUCCGGCGUGUCUUGCUCCGCGGAGCCCGCUCACAGAACUCCGGCUGCGGGGAAGAAGCGGCUGGAGGAGUCGCAGCCGCCGCCGAAUGUUCCUGGACGGUCCUUCUGCUCCACGGCCCCCAGAAUGGACCAAAGAUCGUACUUGUGGGCCCGUUACAAUGAGAUGAAACGUCUGGUUCACGACCUGAUCCCACCAGGUGCAUGUCACUCCCUGAACUCCUCCACCAUCUACGCCAACAAUGAGGUCAACCUGUCCGAGGUGGACAUCUAUGGCUUUGACUAUGACUACACGCUCGCUCUCUACUCAGAAGCACUCAACACUAUGAUCUACACGAAGGCCAGAGAGUUCCUCAUUGAACACUUCAAGUACCCCAAAGACAUUCUCAAAUAUGACUAUAUUCCUAACUUUGCUGUUCGUGGCCUCCACUAUGACAUCCAAAAGGGUCUUCUGAUGAAGAUCGAUGCUUUCCACUAUAUUCAGCCUGGAACUGUGUAUCAGGGCCUGACCCCAGUGCCAGAUGAGACUGUACUUCACCUCUACGGUGGGACUUACCACAUUCCUCUGGAGCUGGACAGUGGUUUUUACGGAAAGGGGCCAAAAGUGAAGCAGUUCAUGGACAUCUUCUCUAUUCCUGAGAUGACACUGUUAGCUGUGGCGAAUGAAUUCUUCAUCUCCAAUGACAUUGACUAUGAUCCAGUUCACCUCUACAAGGAUGUCUCGGAAGCAGUUGGCAUGGUUCAUCUUAAAGGCUACAUGUACAAAUGGGUCAUGCAAGAUUUGGAUAAAUUUAUUCUGAGAGGAGAAGAGACUGAUGCAGUUUUGCAUCAAUUGGCUAGUCUUGGAAAGAAACUUUUCCUCAUUACCAACAGUCCCUUUAGUUUUGUAGAUAAAGGAAUGAAAUACAUGGUGGGAGACAACUGGAGAGACUUCUUUGACGUUGUCAUUGUGCAGGCUGACAAACCCCACUUCUUCACUGAUUGUAUCAAACCCUUUAGACGUUUGGAUGGAAACGGGGACCUUCAGUGGGAAAAGAUUAACCGUUUGGCUAAAGGACACAUCUACAAACAGGGAAACCUGUUCGACUUUCUUAGACUGACCGGGUGGCGAGGAUCCAAGGUUCUGUACUUUGGAGACCAUCUUUACAGUGAUUUAGCUGACUUGACGUUGCGACAUGGCUGGCGCACUGCAGCAAUAGUGCCGGAACUGGAACAGGAAACCAAAGUGGUGAGCACCCAGCGCUACUCUAUAAAUCUCACCUGGUUACAGGCGCUGACCGGCCUGAUGGAACGCCUACAGUCACAUCAAGACCCUGAAUCUAAACAGGUUUUUCAGGAAUGGCAAAAGGAGAGAGAGGAGCUCCGGGUGAUGACAAAGAACUUGUUCAACCCUCAGUUUGGCAGCAUCUUCAGGACGUGUCACAACCCCACUUACUUCUCCAGACGUUUGUGUCGUUUUUCUGAUAUCUACAUGGCCUCACUCAGCUGCCUGUUGAACUAUGACCUCUCGUACACUUUCUACCCACGCCGCACCCCCCUGCAGCACGAGUCUCCGCUGUGGAUGGACCAGCUUUGCACAGGCUGCCUGAAGACGCCAUUCUUGGAUGAGAUGUCCCACAUCCGUUAAAGGAAAUGAUGUGAUCUUGAUUUCAGAUUUAAAGAUCAGUGAACACUUGAGUUGGCCUGGGGAUUUCUUGUCGAUAGCAGGUUUUGUUUUUUGUUGGUUUGUUUUUUGCUCAUUUAUUUCAAUGCAAGCUGAUUACGCACAACUGCACAUCCAUAAUAUGGACAGAUGUAUAGAAUCCGUUAGAGGCUGCUGUAGAUUAAGCUGGUGUCUGCGUGUGAUUCAGUCACAAAACAUUUUGGUACAAGACUAAACCGACACUAUUGGUGCUGACCUGAAGCAAAUGUGGAUAAAUGCAGAGAAAUCAUUUUAACAUCGCAUCAAACCAGCACUUGACUCUGACACAAUCUUGUGUGUGACUUAAACCUGUGCUUUAAAGAGGUCAUGCUGUGCACAGCUUUCAGUCACCUUUUAAAAUGAAGUGUUUUGGGUUUUAUGCAUGCAGAAUCUUUCCUCUAUUCAGUCAAGUACACAGUGACACUUUUUGCGAUUUUUACUCCAAGUUCAUCCUUCUCUGUGCCAAUUCACCGUGAGGCUGUAAAACUGGUGAUGCAACAGACAAAAGUUGAUGGAAUGUUUUUAAGCAAUGUGAAUAAACUGGAAUUCUACAAGCA